GGACGAUCCAAGAUGGCCGCGGGAGAGGAGGAGGGGGCGGCGGCGGGGACGGAGACGGAGUCGGAGGCGGCGGUGGAAGAGCUGCGGAGCUUCAAGGACCUGGGAGUGACAGAUGUGCUGUGUGAAGCUUGUGACCAGUUAGGAUGGAAGGUGCCAACAAAGAUCCAAGUUGAGGCUAUUCCAGUGGCUCUCCAAGGCAGAGACGUCAUUGGACUGGCAGAAACUGGCUCUGGAAAAACAGGAGCUUUUGCUUUGCCCAUUCUUCAAGCACUGCUGGAAACACCUCAGCGGCUGUUUGCUCUUGUCCUCACACCAACAAGGGAGCUGGCCUUUCAGAUCUCAGAGCAGUUUGAAGCUCUCGGAUCCUCUAUCGGUGUCCAAACUACUGUUAUUGUGGGUGGAAUUGACACAAUGUCUCAAUCUCUGGCCUUAGCCAAGAAACCACAUGUUAUAAUUGCAACCCCUGGCCGUCUGGUUGAUCAUCUGGAGAACACAAAGGGCUUUAACUUACGUGCUCUGAAAUUCCUAGUGAUGGAUGAGGCUGACCGGAUUCUUAACAUGGAUUUCGAGACAGAGGUGGAUAAGAUACUAAAAGUGAUUCCUCGAGACAGGAAGACAUUUCUGUUUUCUGCCACCAUGACCAAGAAGGUUCAAAAACUCCAGCGUGCUGCUCUGAAGAAUCCUGUUAAAUGUGCUGUUUCUUCCAAGUAUCAGACAGUUGAAAAACUACAGCAGUACUACAUUUUCAUCCCCUCAAAAUUUAAGGACAGCUACCUGGUUUAUAUCUUGAAUGAACUAGCUGGUAACUCUUUCAUGAUAUUCUGUAGUACCUGUAACAAUACUCAAAGGACUGCUCUACUGCUCCGCAACCUGGGUUUCACUGCCAUUCCUCUCCAUGGGCAGAUGAGUCAGAACAAACGUUUGGGCUCUCUAAACAAGUUCAAGGCAAAGGCACGUUCUAUUCUGCUGGCUACUGAUGUUGCAAGCAGAGGUCUGGACAUACCCCAUGUAGAUGUGGUGAUAAACUUUGAUAUCCCUACGCAUUCUAAGGAUUACAUUCAUCGUGUUGGGAGAACAGCUCGAGCUGGAAGAUCUGGCAAAUCUAUCACCUUUGUCACACAGUAUGAUGUGGAGCUAUUCCAGCGCAUCGAACACCUGAUUGGCAAAAAGCUGCCAGCGUUCCCCAUGCAAGAGGAAGAAGUUAUGAUGCUGACAGAGCGUGUGGCUGAGGCCCAGAGAAUUGCUCGAAUGGAGCUGCGGGAGCAAGGAGAGAAGAAGCGAUCUCGGAAUGAUAACGAUGAUGACACAGAAGAAGCUAUUGGUGUCAGGAAUAAGGUGGCAGGUGGGAAAAAGAAGAAAAGAAAAGCCUUCUAAUUCGAUAUUCAAACAGACUUUUUUAUUUUUCUCUUCAUGGCUAUAUGAGCUGGCAAAAACGGUCUACCAGGCUAUCUCCAGUGGAUUUUUUUUCAAAACUACAUGUGAACUUGGGUGGUCCAUGAGGAAAACAACUUCUCUUCUGCUUUACCAGCUACAGACUGAGCUUGGACCAUUGUGGUACCAUAGUACCAGUCUUCUGUUCAGAGACAUCAUUAGAGACUGUCUGGACCUGGAAGCAGCUGUGGUCUGGCCCUGCUCAUUCACAAAGAAGUGCAGUGUGACUGCAGCUUUUGCAUUGCUGCAGCCUGUCUCACUACCCAAUCUCACUGAGUGCAUCUGGGGUCAGAUAGAUCUGUCAGAAAAAGUUAAAAAAAGUGACUGAGUUUUCACAGAGAUGUGUUAUGUGGAGAACUCCAAAUAUAUUUUGGUUAAUUUUAAAGCUACCUGGUUCUCCUUGUCUUGUCAUUGACCUGUUUUGUUCAGUUUGUAUAUUUGCUCUGCCAGGUUUUUUUCUUAGGUCAAUCUUAGCAAUUCACAUGUGACAAUACCUUAGAUAUGUCAGCUGAAGAGUGGCCCAGCACAGGAGCACCAGUUUUGGCAGGAGGCUAUUCACUGCUUGGAAUUCCAUCCAGAAUCUGUAAUGAUUGACAUGAUAAGAAGGAAAGGUUUGGGGUUUGGGUGGGGUUUUUGCUGCUGAUUCUUGUAGUACUUAUAAACGAACACAAGAGGGGGGUAUUAACAUAGGAAAGCUGCUGACAAGCAGGGUGGUAAAGAAAAACGGGUAUCAUAGAAGUUCUGUUUCCCUAGUUAUUUCUCUGUGUUAGGCAGAGUUCCAUGCCAUAUAAGUAGACUCUUGCAAGAAUGGGAUAAGUGUACUUACCUUCAUAUCUAACCAGGUUAGUGCUAGUUCUCAUUGGCAAUUAAAAAUUUCAAGCUGGAUGUUUCUGCUGGUGGGCAGAGAAGAAUGAAAAGCUCCUCUAUAUCACUCAACAUGAGAAUUUAAUGUCCAUUAGAACCACUCAUAAACUGGAUUUUCUGCUAUGUGAAAAACAAUGUUCACAAUAGUUUUUUUUAGAUCUAGAUUGAAAAUAGAAACUAUUGCAGUAGUUGAUGAGCACAGUGGUGCCCCUGUCCAAGCCAUGGGCUGCAGCUUUUCCAGGAGUAUGCGAUGGGAGACAGUGGCAAAGGUUUUGCUGAAGUCCAGAUAGACCACAUGGUAAUUCUGUGGGGCCAUUUGGUAGUAAACCCCACAGGUAAGAGAAUACAGCCCUAGAAUGUACCCGAGAGAGAGGAAUAAAAUGAGUGAGCUUUGUGGGUGGGGAUGCAAAUGCUUCUUGCCCACAGAGCAAGGGAACACCCCCAACUGGUCUUCUGUCCUGCUGGGUGCUUGAACAAAAUUUCUUAUUCUUCAUAAGCAGGACAGGGUUGGUUCCAGUAUCAGCAAAGGAAACUUAAAUCCUUCUGAGGGUCCUGGGACCCUGGGAAAGCUCUUGAGUGUUAUUCCCAGCUACGUAAUGGAUGGGAUGCAUAGUCAGCCCUGAACCAAUCUUGUAAGGUGAUGUGAAGGGCACAUGACUGCUGGAGGAGGUAGGGCAGAGUAAUUUCCCUUCAGAAGUAGCAUGAUGCUUGCUUUAAUAGCUUCUUGGAGUCUGUAGCAUCUCUCUGUGUUCUUUCCUAUAUGGCAGGCUGCAACAGCAGCAGUCUUGCCCCUUGAUGGGAUCAAAGAUUCUCUAUCCCUCCUCUGCAGUUGCAAGAAUAUUGGAGGAGAGAAGUAGAGCUACUCAUUGUGAAAGGUUACAGAGCCUCCUUGAGAGGAGUGACUCCUAGACAGCUGGCCACCUCCCUUGAUUUGGAAUGACAAGCCACAGAAGCAUUUGGCGCUAGGAAAGCAAAGGUCUCACCACACCCACAUUCUCACUGGUGCCUCACCUGCCACAGGUAUGUGCGUUCAAUUUCAACUAAAAAUACCUCAACAGGUUGGAGGGGCAGGAAAUGGGUAUUUUAUUGUGACUACUUCAGGAGGGCUGGGUCAGAGGGUGUUUGUAUAACUGAAGUGGAAUAGGGAGUGUCCAAAGAUGUAUUGGGUCAAAAUAGAAUCUGCAGCCAGCCCAAGCAAAAUCUGUAGCUGAUCUAAUGAAACACGAGGGGAAAAGAAUGAAGUGAGACCUGUCUCUGGAUAAAAGUUCAGAAAAUACCAGCACUGGUAUGUGCAUGACUGCAUACUUUUGUACAACAACUGCUUCCAGUGUAUUUGUUCAGUCAGGAGGACUUCUGACAAGCAGGUCUGAAGCACACCCCUGCACACCUCUUGAGUUUUGCGCAGCAGGGAGCUGAGUGGAGGAUUAACCUUAGUGUGAUGUAAGGUAGGAUUGGGCUAACAUAACCUGUCAUGUUUUUGUAGUUGAAACUCAAGUGAAGUUUCAAUAAAAGCUGUGUUCUUGAAAAA